GAAGAGUUACAGCAGGGCCGCUUUAACCGGAAAAAUACAGACGAAUGAGCACUUUUUAAACUAAACCUGAGCCGAAUUAUACAGAGGGGUCGUGUGUCGGUACCUAACCUAGUCCUACACCGCCAUCUUCUGUUCAGGGGUCAUCAUUUAGAGCAGGAAAUGACGUUGGGUCGGAUUAGCACGUGUGCAGGAAAGCGUGUAGGGCAGUGCGGUGUGAGCUGUUUGGGUGAGUGAAAUCAGUUGGUACAGAUUCCGGACAGUUGACUAUAUUCAUCGACAAGAGGGAGGUAAUGAUGUCCGAGCCUGGGAGCUAUCCGCCGCCCAAUUUUAGCCAUCCGGCUCAAGAGCCGGUGCUCAGGCCGCCGGCUUUUCAGUGGACUCCUCAGCAGCCCGCAGGGAAGUUCCAGGCUUCCAGAGACUGGAGCUGGAUUCAGUCUGCACCACCACCACCACCACCAGCCUGGAACCCCAGCUCCAACCCCACCGGCCCUUUCAGCGGUCAUCAGGGUCUUAACUCUCCGAGUCACGUUCAACACCGAUAUCCCGGUCCACAUCACCAUGACUACCGAUACGGGAGGCAAGGCCUUGACCAAAAGCAGUGCGGCAGAAGAAAAAAGCAGAAGGAAGCAGAGUUCAGUCACUUUUGUGACACUUGUGACAGAGGCUUCAAAAACCAAGCCAAGUACGAUGAGCAUGUUGCCCAGCAUGUAAUGUGCUCAGUUGAUGACUGCAGUUUUGCUGCCCAUGAGAAACUUGUACGAAUCCACUGGAAAAAUAAUCAUGCUCCUGGAGCAAAACGAAUCAAAUUGGACACCCCAGAGGAGAUUGCGAAAUGGAGAGAAGAAAGGAGAAAGAACUACCCAACACUGAGCAAUGUGGAUAAGAAAAUGAAGAUGAUGCAGGUCAGAGAAAAAAGGGGAGACGUGCUGGAGACCGCCCAGUUUGGUCGGUUUAAAAGUCGGGGCUCAGGCCGUGGAAGAGGAUUCCAGAAUCAUGGACGAGGUGCAUAUAGUGGUCAUCGAUAUACUGGAUGUGCAGAGGUGAAACAGCCACAGGCCCUCGCCCGACCUCCUUAUGAUGGAGACCCACUUGGAGCCCUGGCCAACAGUGACCCAGAUUCUGAGAAAGAAGAGCCGGUUAAGGAGACGAAGGUUGACAUUUCAGUGGCCCCCAAGAAUAUGACUUCUGCUUUGGGAUCACUUAUGUCCAGCUAUGGAGACAUGACCGAGAGUGAGGAAGAACCAGAUGAUACUCCUAUCUUGAAAACUGCUCAGGCUUUGGAGGAGAACAAGAUCUUGCUGGCAGCUCCUUCUGUCCGUACCCAGAACUGCAUACUAAAGCUUGAAAAGAUGCCAGCAGUUGGGGAAUUGGAGACUUUCCACCAAGUACUGCGCCCUUUGCCUGACCAAAGUAACAGAAGAGGUCAAGGACGUCAAGGGGGUUGGGGUAGACGGGGUGGCAGAGGUGGUCAUGGUCCCGGCAGAGGUGGUCAUGGUCCCGGCAGAGGUGGUCAUGGUCCCGGCAGAGGUCCACAGAAACGCUGUUCCACCCUGCUGGAGAUGUUGUUGGCUCCAGAUAUUCGACAUGAAAGGAAUGUGAUGCUACAGUGCAUUCGCUACAUUAUUCAUAAUGGAUUCUUCGGCCUAGCUUGUAAAAGCUCUAACCUGAUAAUGCCUGAAAGCACAGCAGUAACAAAGAAUGGUCCCAUGUCUAAUAAUGAGGUUAGUAGAAGAGGUACAACAGAGGACAGUGAGACUGGACCACAUAUAGGCUGCCUGGCAAGUCAAUCACAGGAGAACUUUCCCUGUAUGUCACAGGAUAAUCAAAGAUGUCACAUGGAAGCCGCAGAGCUCCACCCAGAGACUGAAGGAAUAUCAAAGAGCUGUCAGAGUGAUCCCAGAAAAGUCUGUCAAGGCUCAGCUGAUGCCCCAUUUGAGCCUAAGAGCAUCAGUGAAGAUACUACUGCACCACUUAAACCAACACAAACUGCUCAGCCAAGGGUACUUCCGAUGUUAUUUGCUAAAAGCUUAGUAGCUGAUGACUGUUCCAGUGGGCUACCACAAGAUGGAGAUCAUCCUUGUGGGUCUACAGAGGCAGGAGACCAGAAUGAGCACAGCCAUAUGUCACAAAAGGCAGCUCAGCUAGCAUCUAACAGUAGUCAUAAGGCUGUAACUGAUGGUGAUCAGGCUUUUGUUGAUGUGGUAAAUGUCAAUUAUGCAGUUAACUCCUCUCAAAACACAACAGACCUCACCACAGGGCUCUUGCAGGAAACUGUUCAGAGCUUGAGUUCUAACGAAAAGCAAAUCAUCGUCCAGAAUCAUGACCAUCCUCAGCAGCUGAUUGAGGAAACAUCAUUACACCAGGGACUGAAGAAUGAAUGUGAUGUUUCCUCAGCAGUAGGGAUAACCAGGCAGGAGGAGCCAAAGAUGCUUAUGAAUGAAGUGUCACAUGUUCACCCUAUCAUGUCAGUGUAUGAUGAUGACAUCUGGGAGAUUGCUGCAGUUACCAGUGAUGCCAUGUAGAUCAUGUUGAUCAGUUUGAUUGAUGAAUUUGUCACAAAGACCAAGACGUUCGGAGUUAUUUGAUGUUCUGUUUAACCUGUGUUACAGGCAUUGUGACAGUUUAUUGGUUUCUUUGUAACAUUUGAUUUAAUUAAAUCAUGCUGUAUGUUGAUAUGCAAUAUUGAGUUUCCAACAAGUUAUGAUUUAAUAUACUGGAAUAUUUGCACAUUCAGUGUUAAGUAAAACCUUUUGGAAGUGAAUAUUCUUUACCUGAUUGUGUCCAAGUUGCCUAAUAUGCUUCUGUCAAUCAAUU